AUGGCAUCACGAUCAUCCCGCCUCAGCAGCGCCCUCAUCUCAGCAUCCCUCCUAACCACUUCAGCUCUUGCCCAGAACAGCAGCGAAAUUCACCCCAGCUCCGACGUCAGCUGCCCCGACCUAAACCGUCUAGGCGACCACUACGAAUACCCCGUAAACGGCAGCGGCACAGCAAACGUCUCCGACCUGCGCAUCUCCGUCACAUUCGGCGAGUUCCGCGAUCCAGACAGGUGGAGCCGGACAUUCGAUGCCCAGCAAAUGGUGUACCUCAGCGCUCCUCCCAACAGCCUCGACCAAACCUGCGUGUGGUUCUUUCACGGCGUCGAUAAUGUAAGACAAGGCGACGACGAAAGCGGCUGCGAUGGCGUACUACCGCAAGAAUGCCUUGACUACCUGGAAAGCGAAUUAACGCUCCCGGACGACGCGCUAGAGCAAAUGACCAACGGCACCAGCGGACGCGCUUCGUUCGUAUGCCCGCCACCGCACUUGAACGAGACAGAGAUGAAAGAGAUUUGUGGAUCGGGUUUCUCGAGUAGCAUGGGCAUGAUCGGAGGCACCCUCAACACAACAAACAUGACCUGCACCGUCCCCCCAACCGGCGUCCAACUUCCAUCCGACUACCACACAGCCCCACUCGUUGGCUACGGUCCCGCCGGUGUAGGCAAUUCAAGCUACGAUCACGAGUUGGACAAUUUCACCAUGUACGACGAGUAUAUUACUCGUCCCCAUCCUGUUGUCGUCGCGUCCGUUGCGAACGGGAAGGCGAAGACGAGCGUGGUUUGCAUCGCGCCCGAUAAUGUGCUUGAGGGGAGCCGUGUGCCUGCUGAGUCUGUUAAUCAGCCUAGCGGUGAUGGUGAUGAUGACGAGAGUGCUGCGGUGGGGUUGGCGCGGGGAAGAAGCACGGGUAUGCUUGUGCUGGUGGCGGGGGUGGCGGGUAUGUCUUUUGUGCUUGCGUAG